AUGUCAGACUCAGAGGCUCCAGAAUUUGAGUGAGAGGAGGAGGAGGAAGAAGAAGAAGAGGAAGAGGAAACUCGGCGCCCCAAGCCAAGCCGCUCCCUGGUGGCCCCGCUGCUGCCCCCCAAGAUCCCUGAAGGGGAGCGCGUGGACUUCGACGACAUCCAUCGGAAGCGCGUGGAGAAGGACCUGCUGGAGCUGCAGACGCUCAUCGAGGUGCACUUUGAGCAGCGGAAGAGAGAGGAGGAGGAGCUCAUCGCGCUGAAAGAUCGCAUCGAGCGGCGCAGGGCGGAGAGGGCAGAGCAGCAGCGCGUCCGGACCGAGAAGGAGCGGGAGAGGCAGGCGAAGCUGGCGGAGGAGAAGAUGCGGAAGGAGGAGGAAGAGGCCAAGAGGCGGGCGGAGGACGAAGCCAAAAAGAAAAAGGUCCUGUCGAGCAUGGGCGCCCACUGCGGGGGCUACCUGAGCAGGGCGGAGCAGAAGCGGGGCAAGCGCCAGACGGGGCGGGAGAUGAAAGUUCGGAUCCUGUCCGACCGAAAGAAGCCUCUGGACAUCGAGCACCUGGGGGAAGAGCAGCUCAGGGAGAAGGCGCAGGAGCUGCUGGGCUGGAUCCACCAGCUGGAGUCCGAGAAGUUUGAUCUGAUGGAGAAGAUGAAGCAGCAGAAGUACGAGAUCAACGUGCUGUACAACCGCAUCAGCCAUGCCCAGAAGUUCCGGAAGGGAGCAGGAAAGGGCCGCGUUGGAGGCCGCUGGAAGUGA